UUAUUUUUGGAUUUGCUAGCCUAAAAACCAAACAAUGUUUGGUAGGAUUUUCAAUUCAAUAGGUUUCCUUGAAAUUUUCCACUCGACCGAGAAUUUUACAGUUCUCCGAUGACGGCAAGUGCGAACCCUUCGGGGAGAUUCAGCAAAUAUAGCAUCAACAACAAUGGCGGUGCGAAUGGUGACACCAGUUUUAAAGGUGCGGUGCCGGAAGACGCCGUGGCGAUUCUCCAUCCCAACUUCGGUACCUCCCUCGAUUGGUCCCCAAACGAACAGUCCAUUCUUGAAGAUUUGCUUUCCAAAUACACCUCAGACACUAUCAUAGUUCGGUAUGCUAAAAUUGCUCAGCAGUUAAACGAUAAGACAGUUCGCGAUGUGGCAUUGCGCUGCAAAUGGAUGACUAAGAAGGAAUAUGGAAAGCGAAGGAAAGAAGAUCAAAAUUCAUUGAGGAAAAAUAAAGACAAAAAGGUAAAAGCUACAGAUUCUUUGCCAAGAUCUUCUAAGGUUGCUGCUCAGCCAGUGCUGUCAAUCAACAAUGAUGAUGGAAUCUCAUAUAAAGACAUUGCUGGAGCAACUGGCCAGCUUCUUCAGCAAAAUGCUCAAGCCUUGGAUCAAAUUUCUGCAAACUUUGCUGUUUUCAAGAUACAGGAGAAUAUCAACCUCUUCUGCCUAACCCGAAACAACAUCCUAACAAUGUUGAAUGAGAUCGAGGUGAAGAUGUUGGAACUCCCAAAGCAGAUGCCACCAUUUCCUGUGAAACUGAAUGAAGAGCUUGUCAACUCCAUUCUUCCUCAAACAUCCAUGUUAAUGCCAAUGCAAAUGCCUAAUCAAUCUUGAGAGGCUCUCCUUCCUUACAUAGUAAUAACGCUUCUGACUGCUUUGUUUUAGUUGGCUCCUUUUUCGUAUUUAUGUAUAGAGAAAUAAACUGCCUAGCCAGUCCAGUCUGAGUCGAAUUUUCUAUUAUCUGGUUAUUUCUCAUGCAUCUUUUUUUAUUUCAUCGUGUUCUGCUGGAUGAUCUGUCUUAAGAAAGAAGUUUUUAUAGCAUCUGUAAAUAAUUGUCAGGUAAAAUAAGUUGGAGGUUUUACUAUUUA